CAUUAGAGAGACUUUCCACCGGGGUCUACAUUUAGACACCUUACCGUGACUCCAUCUGUGUUUACCUACAACACCUAAUGUAAGAGAGGGGAGAGGGGAAAAAAGACGGGGACCUCAACCAGAGAAGAUGGGAGCAUUUGGGAUGAUAGUCGGGACUUUACAUUACAUGGGACUCUAUAUUCAACUCAGCGCCACGUCCAGACCCAAUGGACACACAGAGGUAGAAAACCACCUCACCGGGAACGCGAUGUUCACAGAGGUGCCCCAGGACCUGAGCGUCCAGCGGGGGCAGGAUGUGGAGAUGGCCUGCUCCUUCCGGGGGGCGGGGACACCCUCCUAUUCGCUGGAGAUCCAGUGGUGGUACAUCAGGAACCAGAAGGAUUGGUCAGACGAGCAACCUUGGGAAACCAAUCAGGUUGUGCCCCAGGAAUACAGGCCUAAAGAUGCCACUAAAAUCAGUGUGGUCAAAGUGGCUGGCAGCAACAUCUCCCACAGGCUCCGCCUCUCCAGUGUAAAGCCGUCAGACGAGGGCACGUAUGAGUGUCGUGUCAUCGAUCUCAGCGACACCACAGCCCGCCACCACCGUGCCCGGGCCUACCUACAGGUCCUCCCAGAGAGACACCCGGACCAGGAGGUGGCCCACCAUGGUGCCAGCCUCAACCCUCUGCGGGAUAGCACCAAGUCAGCCAUCAGCUCUGGUGGUCACCACCCCCACCACCACCCCCACCUCCAGGAGCAGGGGCUUCCAGCAGCAGGAGCAGGCCAGCACAGCUCCAUCCAGGCAGGCAAGGAGGCGAGGAAGAGGUCUGGGGAGAGCCACAGCCCAAGUGACUGCGUAGACAGCUGUGUGCCAUAGAGGCCCCUCUUGGGCCUAGUCCAGCCUCUGUCUGGCUCACGCCCAGCCCUGUGUCUCUAUGCUGUAGCCAACACAACAAAACAACAAACCCCUCCACUUCUGAACAUCUG